UAGAAGACCCUCCCUUUCUUCCCAGGUAACAUGCAGCAAUGAUAUGUCUGGCAGUAGGAAACCCUGUGGAGAGUUUAGGGAUAAUUGAGUGCAGGGCGCCAGGUUCGCGUUUCCCCAGCCCAUGGCGCUCUGUUUUUAACCCCCCUCCCUUCCCAGCACGUAGGCAGCCAUGCGGUGCGCUCCUGUGUUCCCGACCCCCCCAUCCAAGCAGGCAUCCAGACCGCGGUUGUGCUCCCGUGUUCCCCACACCCCUUCCAAGCAGGCAUCCAGCCCCGCGGUGUGCUCCCGUGUUCUCCGUCCCCCCCUCCAAGCAGGCAUCCAGCCCCGCGGUGUGCUCCCGUGUUCCCCGUCCCCCCCUCCAAGCAGGCAUCCAGCCCCGCGGUGUGCUCCCGUGUUCCCCGUCCCCCCCUCCAAGCAGGCAUCCAGCCCCGCGGUGUGCUCCCGUGUUCCCCGUCCCCCCCUCCAAGCAGGCAUCCAGCCCCGCGGUGUGCUCCCGUGUUCCCCGUCCCCCCCUCCAAGCAGGCAUCCAGCCCUGCAGUGUGCUCCUGUGUUCCCCACACCCCUUCCAAGCAGGCAUCCAACCCCACGGUGUGCUCCUGUGUUCCCCGUCCCCCUCUCCAAGCAGGCAUCCAGCCCCGCGGUGUGCUCCCAUGUUCCCCACACCCCUUCCAAGCAGGCAUCCAGCCCCGCGGUGUGCUCCCAUGUUCCCCACACCCCUUCCAAGCAGGCAUCCAGCCCCGCGGUGUUCUCCUGUGUUCCCCACACCCCUUCCAAGCAGGCAUCCAGCCCCGCGGUGUGCUCCCGUGUUCCCCGUCCCCCCCUCCAAGCAGGCAUCCAGCCCCGCGGUGUGCUCCUGUGUUCCCCACACCCCUUCCAAGCAGGCAUCCAGCCCCGCGUUUCUCCCCCCCCCCCCCCCGUCACCAGCAGGACGGCCUGAACGCGGACCAAAGAAAACCCCCCCCAAGCAGCUAGCUCACCACCUUCCUGUUCACUACUGUCCCCUCUUCAGGACACCAGCUACCUCCUGUACCCAUUGCUGA